AUACCAUCUUUGUUAAAUUUUAAUUUGAUGGAUUUUGGAACUUUAGCAAUAUAUUUACUGUGUGCACUUUUUGCUACCAAAAUUUUAUACCAAUGGCUCAAGUCCUACUUAUACACAACAUACAAACUCCCUCCCGGCCCACCAAGGUGGCCCUUAUUUGGAAACCUCCUUCAACUAGGGCCACUUCCCCACCGCGAUUUCGCCUCAUUUUGUGAAAAAUAUGGGCCUUUAGUCUACAUAAGGCUUGGUAAUGUGGAUGCCAUAACCACUAAUGAUCCAGAAAUCAUACGUGAGAUCUUAGUUCGACAAGAUGAUGUAUUUGCGUCUCGUCCACAUACCUUAGCCGCAACCCACUUGGCUUACAAUAGUGGUGAUGUGGCCUUGGCUCCAAUGGGACCAAAAUGGAAAAGAAUGAGAAGGAUAUGCAUGGAGCACUUGCUCACAACUAGACGACUUGAACUAUUUGUGAGUCAUAGGGCUGAUGAGGCACGACAUUUGGUCCAAGACGUAUUAACUCGUUCCCACAAAGAUAAAGUUGUUAAUUUGAGGGAAGUGUUAGGUGCAUUUUCUAUGAAUAACGUGACUAGAAUGUUGCUAGGGAAGCAAUACUUUGGGGCCGGGACGGCGGGCCCACAAGAGGCUCUAGAGUUUAUGCAUAUAACACAUGAGUUGUUUUGGUUACUAGGCUUGAUUUACUUGGGUGAUUAUUUGCCUUUUUGGAGGUGGGUUGAUCCAUAUGGAUGUGAAAAGAAAAUGAGGGAAGUUGAAAAAAGGGUAGAUGAUUUCCAUCGCAAAAUUAUAGAGGAACAUAGGAAGGAGAAGAAAAGGAAAGAAGAAAUGGGAGUGAAUGAGGGUGAAAUGGAUUUUGUAGAUAUUUUGUUGGCUUUGCCUGGUGAAAAUGGAAAUGAGCAUAUGGAUGAUGCAGAUAUUAAAGCUCUAAUUCAGGAUAUGAUAGCAGCAGCAACAGACACAUCAGCUGUAACCAACGAAUGGGCCAUGGCAGAAGUAAUAAAACACCCACGUGUCCUCCACAAGAUCCAACAAGAGCUUAACACAAUAGUAGGACCCAAUCGAAUGGUAACAGAAUCAGAUCUUCCCCACCUUAACUACCUACGUUGUGUCGUACGUGAAACGUUCCGAAUGCAUCCAGCAGGACCCUUUUUAAUCCCACAUGAAUCACUACGCCAUACAACAAUCAACGGCUAUGAUAUCCCAUCUGGGACACGUGUCUUCAUCAACACACAUGGGUUAGGACGUAACCUUAAAGUGUGGGACAACAUAGAGGAUUUUUACCCUGAAAGACAUUGGCCGUUGGAUGGAAGUAGAGUUGAGAUUAGCCAUGGAUCUGAUUUUAAAAUAUUACCAUUUAGUGCUGGGAAGAGAAGAUGUCCUGGGGCCCCACUUGGGGUGGUGUUUGUGUUGAUGGGAUUGGCUACACUUUUUCAUGCAUUUGAUUGGUUACCACCUGAUGGAAUGAAGGCAGAAGAAAUUGAUACUAAGGAAGUUUAUGGGAUGACUAUGCCUAAAGCUCAACCUUUAAUGGCUUUGGCUAAACCUAGGCUUGCUCCUCAUUUAUAUCUUUGAUACAUGUUCAUAUUGUGGUGCACUUAUAAGCACAAUA